GAUCACCAGUGCGCUGUGUCCUUCGGACACAGCGGAUCACGGAAAGAGCCGAAGAUGUCGGCUCGGUCAUGUGAUCAGCUGUGUCCAAUCACAGCUGAUCACAUGGGACAUGUACACUGAUCAUCAGGGCACUGAUGAUCAGUGUGCCCUGAUGAUGAGUGUGGCCCCAGAAGUGCCACCUGUCAGUGUCCAUCAGUCAGUGCUCAUCAGUGCCACGUGCCAGUGCCCAUCAGUGCCACAUCAAUGCCUCAUAUCUGUGCAUACCAGUGCACAUCAAUGCCACAUAUCAGUGCCCAUCUGAGCUGCCUUUUAAUGUCACCCAUCAAUGCCAAUCAGUGCCACCUAUCAGUGCUGCCAAUCAGUGCUGCCAGUCAGUGUCGCCUAUCAGUACGCAUCAGUGCUGCCUAUCAGUGCCAGUCAGUGCCGCCUAUCAGUGCCAUAUAUCAGUGU